AUGGAAAAUCCAGAUUUAUCUUCUUCCUCGUCGAGGUUUAACUCUGUUGUGGACGAUGGUUCUAGUCCUUUUUUCUUGCAUCACUUGAACAGUCCAAGUCUUCUUUUGGUUUCUCAACCUUUGACAGGGAAUAACUACGUCUCAUGGAGUUGUGCAAUGCUAAUUGCUCUAUCGGUGAAAAACAAGUUAGGGUUUAUAAAUGGCACUAUUCCACGACCUACACCAGGUGAUGUUUCUUUACUCAAUGCUUGGGUUAGAAAUAAUAAAAUGGUUAUCUCGUGGAUCCUUAACUCUAUUUCGAAAGAGAUCUCGGCUAGUGUGAUUUACUUUGAAUCUGCUCAAGACAUUUGGAUUGAUCUUAUGGAGCAAUAUCAACAAAGCAACGGGCCAAGAAUUUUUCAAUUGAGGCGUGAGUUAGUGAACCUAUCUCAGGGUUCCAUGUUUGUAAGUGCUUAUUUUACAAAGCUCAAGACAAUAUGGGAUGAACUUAGUAAUUUUAGGCCUACUUGUAGUUGUGCAAGCUGUUCUUGUGGUGGUAUUAGGGCUUUGGCAGACCAUUAUCAGAUGGAGUAUAUUAUAUCCUUUUUUAUGGGAUUGAAUGAAUCUUUCUCUCAGGAUGUAUGGCUAUCGAAGAUGAUUGACAGGGGUAGGCUUCAUGAAGGCCUUUAUGUGCUUGAUGCUGAAUCUUUGACAAAUCAUGUUAAUAGUGUCAAUGUGGCACAGCUUCUUGAAGACACAAGCUUCUUGUCUAGUAAACCUAUUGUUGUUCCAAUGGUUCCCAAUAUAAAGUUGAGUUCUGAUGAAGGUGAUUUACUUGAAGAUGUGCCUGCCUAUAGGAGGCUCAUUGGGAGGCUUCUUUACUUGACCAUUUCUCGACCGGAUAUCGCCUUUGUUGUUCAUAAACUUAGUCAAUAUGUCUCUAAGCCUAGAAAGUCUCACCUUGAUGCAGCCCAACAUUUGUUACAAUAUCUUAAGGCUUCUCCCGGUCAAGUUCAUAAGCUAGUUAAUCUUUUUACCAAGCCAUUACCAAUUUCUCAAUUGCAGUCUUUGUUAGCCAAAAUGGCUAUGCUUGAUGUUCAGUGA